GUCUUUUAAUAAGUAACUGCUUAGAAAUGCCAUUGGGCAGAUUCGGAAGUAAAAAACAAAGUAAAAAUGCCAAACGUCGAUUUGAACACCUUAUGGUCAUGGCCAAGGAGAAUCCGGACCGAAUCUUUGACUUGAGUGAUUGCGAACUACAUGAGGUUCCCAACCUCAUGUUCUCACAAUGUCGUGUAUUGCUAACAGAGAGUCUACUGCUACAUUCCAAUUUAUUAAAGUCUCUCAAGCAUGGUGGGAAAAUGUCAUGUCUAACUUCUCUAAGGGUGUUGGAUUUACACAACAACCGCAUUGCUCUACUACCUAAAGACAUUGGUGUUCUUAGUAAUCUACAGGUGUUCAACAUAGAAAACAACCGAAUAACCGAACUCCCAGAUUCUAUUGGGGAUCUUAAAAAGCUACAGAGUCUUUUAGCUAAAGAUAACCAGCUUAACAGUCUUCCAACCACCAUAAGUGGAAUGGAGAGUUUACGAACUCUGGACAUCAGUGGAACAAACAAAGUUCUCUACCUUCCAAAAACUUUGUGCAAAGUUCGAACCCUGGAAGUUCUUGUGCUUUCCAACCCUGCAGUGAUGGAGUAUCCUCAUUCAAUGGUUGCAUGUGAAGGACUUGAAGCUAUUCAAAAGUUUAUCUGUAAAGAUACUGGUAUAGAAUACAUCCCUCCUUCCCACGCAACUUUUAAGGUCCUUGACUCAUCUGCCACUACCUCCUCCUCCUCUUCUAAACAAACUGCUGCAGCCAAUCUUCAAUUGUACCAGAGCAGCAUGGACCAAUAUCAGCGUAGUAAGGAUGAGAAAAUGAAACAGCAACUGGAAAUAGAGCGUUCAAUAGCAGAACAACAGAGGGAACAAGCUUAUCUCACCGCGAAGGCAAAACAUGAAAAAGCAAAGGAAAAUGCUUUUCUUAAACAGGAACAAGCCGUCUUUGAUCGUUCCAUCAGUGAACAGCAGAAGAAAACGGAGAUAGAGAGACAGGAAAUGAUGAAAACCUUAACGCAAGUGGAGGAGGAAGCAUCAAGACUCGUCAACAAACUUGUGAGCAUGAACAUUGGGGCAAAACAAAGGGAAGAGAUGUUGGAAGGAAUGGAAAGAGAGAGAAUGGAACAAGAAGAAAGGUUUAAAGUCACACAGGAAGAUAUUGAUAAACUGAGGAAAAAGGAAACUCUUGCUGCCAUGCAGUCAGUGUUGGCCGACAAUGCUCAUUAUGCGAUCGCGAUCAAGAAAUAUCUCGGUGAGCAAGACCAUAUGACGAGGCAAGCACAACAAACACUCGGUGCUGAUAAUGAGCUUAUUGAACAUGAACUGAAACGUCAGCAAUGGAACCAAGGAGUUUUGGUUGAUCAAAUUCUGCAUGAGGAAAGCCUCCAAAAGGAAGCAUUCAUAAUGUUGAAGUUGCAACAUGAUGCUGUACAAGCACGUUUAGUGGACCAGAUUGGCCAACUCCAGGGUGAAUUGAUAAGACUCACACAGAUAGAAGCACAGAGAAAUAAACAUAGGAUAGACCAGGACAAGCAAACGUUAUCUUUGAUACGAAAUGAGCUUACCGAUCUCCUCAUACAAUUGCUUAAGGAAAAAGACCAUAGAGAAGAAAUGGUCAAAUCUCGAUUGGUUGAGAUGGAACAACAAAGGGAGGACGACCAGGUGGAUUUCUGGCUCGUUCAAUAUCAGAAACUACUUGACACCAAACCGGAAGUUCUGGUGCAAAAGGAGCAUGGAGUUGAUCCUCAGAUCGUGAGGUUGCUCCAAAGAUCGGAUGCAGCUCACCAUCUUUCUGCGUUUGCUCGUCACCACAUUACCAUGGAUACAAUCACCACACUGGAUGAUGAGAAGUUACGAAGUCUCGGCGUUUUUGAGAUUGGAUUACGCGAGAAUAUUUUAAGGGAGAUUGAAGAGUUGUAUAUACAGAGGAAGAAAGUUGAUCUUCCCACUCCAGACGAGGAGCAUCCACCACCAACUGCUCCCGUUGAACAAUCUACAUCUCAAGAUCCGGAUGUUGUUCAACCGACUGCUCCAUCAGAAUCACAGGAAGAAGAGAAUGAAUGCGUCGUGUGCCUCGACAGGAAUAGCGACACCAUAUUCCUCCCAUGCGGCCACGUGUGUGCGUGUUUCAUCUGCUCAACACAACUACAAUCUUGCCCCAUGUGUCGGAGUGAUGUGACGCAAAAAAUAAAGAUCUUCCGCAGCUAAGACCUUAUGCUGACAACUGUACACUGCUAUUAACACAUGUGUUCAUGCUUUUGCAUGUUAUCCUUUGUGUUCCCAGUUUAAAGUUUCACAUCAACUUUUAUCUUUUUUAAAGUUUUUCAGUGCAAGUACGAACUUAUAUAAGAAAGUGAUUCUAUUUCUUCAGCACCAGCAAACUUUUACCUUGGUGUAUCAUGGUGGAAACAGCAAUAUUGCAGUGCACUUAUUCUUUGCCUUUUUGUUUCAUAACCUUCAAACUGCAUUAAAACUAAUCUAUUUCUAACACAAUCAUUAAAAGUCUUAUGUUAA